CCACGGACCGCUGCUGCAGCCGUAUUUCCAAUCCAACCGAUGUGCGUGCAGCGUGUGUUUCAUCGAGCCGCGUCCAUUCGUCUGUCGCCAGCAAAACGGGAAAUUGCCGUGCCGUGCCGGAAACUAAAUUUCCGUGUCACUGAAACCCCCAAGAGCAGAAAAGAAGAAACGAAAAGCAUUUUAAAAAUCGGGGUUUACUGCUUUGCGAGGGCUACCAAAGCACAAAGCAGCCUCGUUAGGGUCCGAGAAAUUGUGUUCCGUCCAGUGACGCGCUUCGGAUUGUUGUGUGAGUGAUUCAACGCUUCUCGCCCAAAACGCAUCUUAAUUCGCUGUACAACGUAGAAAAGUGUAUUGGCUCGCCUUUUUUGGUGGCCCGGAAAGCAGUGGUGAAGCGGUGGCAUUUUGGGUUGCCCAAAACGAAACUAACCGCCCGGGAAGCGCCCUUGUGCGUACGUGCGUGUGCGUGUGUGUGUGAGUGUGUGCGGAAGUGAUACACUUUCGCGGAAUUCAAGCCCAUAGGAACGACGCCCAACCGUCCGAUCCGCUGAGGGUGCCGCAGAGCGCCGCGUCGUUAUCUGGCAUUCCUCCAGGCAGAAGUUGGUGGCGGCGGCGGUGGCGGUGGUGCACGCGUACGGUGUGUGUGAGUGAGUGUGUGUGUUUGGUGUGUGCAACAAGUGGCCGGAAGGAGAAGGAGAGCGUCUAUCAAUUGCAGACGGUGUGGUGUGUGCAUCGGUGUCUGCUAUUAGUGUGGUUAAUUUUCGCACCGAUUUUCGUGCCAAUAAUUUUCUCGAUACACACCCGGUAGUGGUGACCUGUGUAGAAGCCACGGUGUGCGGUCGAAAAGCAGGCUGCGAAAGAAAGUGCUUAAUUGUCGGGUCUCUUGGUCUCAGCGUCAUCGUCCGUCCGAAAACGUUGCGACCCCGUGUGAUCAAGCGCGGUCGAAAGAAGGAGGAAAAGGAGCGGGCUCGAGCGGAAAGUAAAGAAAGAAAAAAAAGUGAAAUCAUCACAUCUUGUGCGGGUGGAUGCGAGAGAGCGUGUGUUUGAGACACCCAAAGAAGGGAAAACGGUGGGAGCCUCGGUGUGUAAUGUGCAGCAGCAAGGGGCAGUAGUCGCGGCGUUGGAUGAAUUUUCGAGAGCAAAUUCCGUCGUUUCGGCGCUGAUCCAACAGCAGAGAAAAGCAACAAACAAAACAAAAAAUAUCAAACGCAUGAAAAACGGAGCUCUCCCCACGCCCGCCCCACAAAGUGAAGUGAAAAACGCCAGUGAAGUGGUGGUGCAACAUAGCAGAAGAAGUGGCAGCAGUAACGAAAAAGAAGCAGCAGUAGGAAAACACACCCCCCUCGGUUUCCGUGUGUAACCAAGGAAAAAAAAGCCGCCUAUUGUGGAAAAAGCAAAGAGUGUGAGCAAGCGGGAGAGCGAGAUAGUGCGAACGACAGCACUGUAGAGAAAGAGAGCGACAGAGAGGUAGCGAAAAAAAACCGUCAUACCAACUGAGAUCGUAGUGUGUGCGUGCCGUUGGUGUUGGUGUGGCGAGACGCGCGCGGCUUCUUCGUGUGUGUGUGUGCGUGCUUUUUGUUGUUUUUUCGAUUUCUGUUGAAAUCAAAUCAAAAUGGGUUGUGCAGUGAGUAGAGAUAAGGAAGCCAUCGAGCGGUCGAAAAACAUUGACCGUGCCCUACGUGCCGACGGAGAGCGGGCGGCCAGCGAGGUGAAGCUGCUGCUGCUAGGUGCGGGCGAAUCGGGCAAAUCGACCAUCGUAAAACAGAUGAAGAUCAUCCACGAGACGGGCUACUCACAGGAGGAGUGCGAACAGUACCGGCCGGUCGUGUACAGCAACACCAUACAGAGCCUGAUGGCGAUCAUCCGGGCGAUGGGCCAGCUGCGGAUCGACUUUGCCGACCCGAGCAAAACGGACAUUGCGCGCCAGUUCUUCACGUACGCGUCGGCCACCGAGGAGGGCGAGCUGACGCCCGAGCUCGUCGCGCUGAUGAAGAAGCUGUGGACGGACCCGGGCGUGCAGCAGUGCUUUGCGCGUUCGCGCGAGUAUCAGCUCAACGAUUCGGCCGCCUACUAUCUGAACUCGCUCGAUCGCAUCUCGCAGCCGGCGUACAUCCCGACGCAGCAGGACGUGCUGCGGACGCGCGUCAAGACGACCGGCAUCGUCGAGACGCACUUUAGCUUUAAGUCGAUACAUUUCAAAAUGUUUGAUGUCGGCGGUCAGCGAUCGGAGCGAAAGAAGUGGAUACACUGCUUCGAAGGUGUCACGGCCAUCAUCUUCUGUGUCGCACUCUCGGGAUACGAUCUAGUGCUGGCCGAGGACGAGGAAAUGAAUCGCAUGAUCGAAUCGAUGAAGCUGUUCGACUCGAUAUGCAACUCCAAGUGGUUCGUCGAAACGUCCAUCAUCCUGUUCCUCAACAAGAAGGAUCUGUUCGAGGAGAAGAUCGUCCGAUCGCCGCUGACAAUCUGCUUCCCAGAGUAUACCGGUUCCAACACGUACGAGGAAGCGUCCAGCUACAUCCGGAUGAAGUUCGAAAACCUCAACAGACGAAAAGAUCAGAAGGAAAUCUACACCCACCUAACGUGCGCCACCGACACCAGCAACAUUCAGUUCGUGUUCGACGCCGUCUCGGAUGUGAUCAUCAAGAAUAAUCUUAAGGACUGUGGGCUGUUCUAAGCAGACGAAGGGGAGCUGCUUCUUUUGUUUGGUUUGUUUUGCAGCGUAGUACAGUGGCAGUAGUAGUAGUAGCUAGUAGCUAGUAGUAAUAUGGACUUGCAAUGACCGGCAGCUCCUACGGUACAGAGAUAGCGACGACACAGUGCCCGGACGCGUCCGGACAUUGACGAAAAGGCCGACAACAAAGCAGACAUUUGGCCUCUGCCUUUUGUUCGGCGUUUUUCUUUUUUACCUACUUAUAUCGUUAGGGAGUGCUAUUAUUAUGUUUAGUUACACCCUACCACCCGAACCCCCAGAUCGCGUCCCCGUUGCCCCGUACUUCACCCGUGGUAGUUUCACAUUACAUUACUUUACUACGCGCAAAAAGAAACGUUCAAUAGAGCACAAUCUCCUCUCUCUUUUCUGUUUUGUUCACCUGUGCCGUGUGUAAUUGGUGCUUAUACAGACGGAAUACAGCAUUAAUUUGACGAUUGGGGGACGCGAUCGACCACACGGGCGCCUUUAGACGAUAAUUUAAUUCAUAUCCAUCAUCCUUUGAUUUGCCUUUUUCAUUUCACCGUCUUCGACAGGAGUGCAGAUAUUCCCUCAAUCAAUAACCCUACUUCUUAACUCGUGUGUCUAAGCCUUUUGUAUUUAUCUAAGCCAAACACGCACGAGAACGGUUCUGUGUGUGUGUGUGUUUUCCAUAUUGUUUUAAUCCUUCCGUAUAUUAAAAAAAAAGAAAA